GAAAUUUUAAAUUUACAUAUUUGUUGAGUUUCAGACGAUAACAUCGUAACACAUCGAUUUUACGCUUGAAUAAUGGUGUGAUCUCAGAUUUUCCUGCCUGUUUAUGGACAUGUGGUCCCAGAGGAAAUGUAGAGAAACAUCAAGGGAAUAUGACAAAUCAUUCACGUAAAUAACUAAGCCUAAAAGCAGGCUUAAAUGACCAGACACAAAUGGCAUUUAUGGAUAAUGCCCAGUUUGUGAUUUCACAGAUCAGACAUUCGUGUGUGACAAGCGAUGAUACGGGUAAAUUUUUAGAAAUAUAUACUCCUAACAGUUCCUCUUUUAUCUCAAGCCCCGUUUUUUUACGCAAGGCUAGCGAUUUUUUAAACAAAUAUUGUACGUGCUUAUCAGUUCGAUCGUAAAGUACCUCUCUAGAUCUUUUGAAAUGUCAUUGUUGAAAUUUAGAAUCAUUGUCUAAAUUGUCUUAGCACAUGGAUUAGUUACUGUAAUAACAUCUAGAGAAUGUAGUGGAAGGGAUAAAAAAUAAUUUUUGAUUUUCAUGUUUCGAUUUGAUUCAAACUUUAAUAGCGAAUUUGAUACUACUCAAAUCUUAUCGAUAAAUCUCAAAUCUGGUUUUCUAAAUACUGAAUUGUUUACUUUACUUUGAGUGCGGCUAAAACCACCGUGAAAACUUCAUUUGUUCAGCCCUGCUUAGCUGCAAUGAUUAGAAAAGUAUGGGUAUACUAAACCUUGUAUUUGUGGUGGAAUUUUUGCCAUAGUUUUGUAGUACUGCGUGAUUUGCUUUUGUUUGGGGCGAAAGCGUUGUCACAGCAGGACCAGUAUGUAUAAAUACAAUGUAAAAAUAUAAAUACAAGCUAGUAUACAAUCAUAUUGUACUGCAUAGUUUGAAAAUAUGAUAUAUACAAUAUAAGAAAAGUGGUUGAUAUUGUUAUGAAGCACAUGUUUGAAAGAAUUUGACAAGCUUAAUAAAUUCAAGAGUUGUUUAUAAUUAUUGCUAACUAGGGUGUGGCAUAGUUAAUUUAAUUAAGCCUGUUUUCCACUAGGCAAAUAUGUUCACGAGAAGCGACUUUUUCCUUUGUCGGUAUCGCUUAUCACUUCAGCUAAAGUGAUGCCAAAGGAAAAGUCGCCUGGAGCAGACAGGUUCGCCUGGUGAAAAACAGGCUUUCGGGAGUUAGGCUAGGCCUGCCUGGCUGUCAUUUAAUACAAAGAAAUAAAUUAUAUGGAAUUUUCAUACCAUUGUUUGAAUCUAAGAUAAACAAUUGCGGAUAAAAAAUUUCUAACCCUAAGAAGAAACAUUAAAAACAAAAAACAUUUUUAACCUUUGAGCGCCAGUGCUCCCCCUUGAUGAGUAAUUUGGGCACGACACAUCUUAAUGCGUCAACUGGACACAUGAACACAUGGUUUGAUUAACCCAUUGACCAUUGAGCACCAGUGCUCUCCUCUUGAUGUAAAAUUGUUUGUCAUUAGACAGAGUAAAAUAAUCUGGCGUUAGAAUAAAGUAGGGUGCAUCAGGGUACAAUGCAACUUAUUGGGUUUAUUAAUGUUUGUAACAAGAAUGUAAAAGCUUGACAAAGGCUUACACCUAAUUUUUGAAGUGAAGCCAUUAUUGAAUUAAAUACCCAGCAUAUAUAAUCAAUAACUAUAUGAUGCGAAUGUCUGUUUUAAUUAAAGGGAUGAGUGAAAUUGUCAUUGUAAAUGAAGAAACAGAAAAUGAAAAAUUACUACAAAGACGAAAGUUUAGGUAUGCAAAUGGUAGACAUUAUACAAUGACUUACAUAUUGACAUGCACAAAAAUAUGAUCACUUGAUAAACUAUCGAGGUUUUGAUCUUAACUACAGCACCUGAGAGUCCGGGAAAAAAUCCUUCCACGGCAGAUGGACAGGCUUUGCUGAAAAUAUUAAUGUUUUCAAAAUACUUUUUUCAGGCUGUUCAGACCAAAACCUCAACACUUUAUUGAGAAAUACUACAGCUAUAGUUUUGACCCCGCAGGUUUGAGAUUAAACCACGAUUACAUUUUUCUUAGGGAUAAUGCAGACUUUGCAUAUUCAAAUUCGUUCGACAUCGAGGUCAGUCCAAUGGGAUCUGGACACGGGAAUUCUGUGAAAAAACCUCUGGAAGGAAAAAUACCCAGGUAAUAAACUCAAAUAAAAGAUGGUUUUUCUGAAGUUGUUGUGUAGAAAAUGUGUUAAUUGCAGAAAUUAAUUUGAGAACAUCUAAAUUGACAGUAUUGUCAUGCUCACAUUAAUUAAAAGACAUUGUAUAAUGCAAAUAUUUUAAUUUUUUUACAGAAAUGCUGAAGCAAAAUGCCAAAGUGUUCCAUGGAAAGACCCAGAACCAAUUUCAGGUUAAAUUAAAUUAUAGUUUCAUCACUUUCCCCUUGAAUAAAAUAUUAGGCAAUGAUAAAUCACACUUAUAUAUACACUAUGUAAUUUUUCACAGCUACAGAUUUUUUCGAACUUUUUCCAAAGAAAGACUUAACAGAUGGUGGCCAAGCAAAGGCACAUGAUGGCCAAACAAAGACGGAUGGAAAGUCAGUCUCGAAAUUAACGUUACUGGUUAAAAAUUCUCACAACCAGCCCAGGAAUCCUUUUGCUCAUUAUGGGAAAUUUGAUGGCGAGGUUUGGCAAACGUUUUUUAUGUAGGCACCCAAAUUUGCUUGAGUAUCAGUUGUAAACUAAAUUUUUUGUUCCUUUUUAGGGUUACUCAAGGACAAAUAAAGUUCGAUUAUUUAAGAUUUUCUUUCCAUCAGUAUGUAAUUUCAACUCUUCAAAUUCUUCUGUGCAUGGACAUGGCAUAUACGUGUGUACUUUAUUUAACGAUGCUGCCCCGUACCCAGGCACUGUGCUGCUGGUAUAGUUUGCGUCACUGCUGUGUGAGCUAGCUGCUGCAUGGGAAUAGUUUCAAUCCGUAUGGUGUCAUGACAAACCAGCGCUUGGGUACGAGGCAGAUAUGAUGAACUGGCAGACAAGCAAAUUUACUUAUUGAAUAUUUCUUACUUUGUGAACUUUAGCCAAAAGGGAAUCAACAACCUCUAAUGAAUAUCUGCUUGAUUGGUAAGCACUUGCCUGCUUGGAAAUCAGCUAAGAGCCUGUUUAUAUGAUCCUGGGUAGGCAGGAUGGAACAUUUCAUCCCAUCUAGCUGGGAAUGACAUGUUACUUUGUCAGCUUGACAUUAUAUUUUUUGCAGAAAAGGCAUUUACAAUAUACAUAAGGCAAGCUGGGAUAGAUUGUUUUAUUGUAAUUAUAGUGAAUUCCUCAUCCAUACGAGUGGGACAUCUGUCCCGCCUAGCCAAGAUCAUAUAAACAGACCUUAGCUCUAACUUUUAACCCUUUAAGAGGCGAUGCACCCUGAUGUAUCGUACCUUUGUACUUUAUUAUUUUAUUCUGUCAAUGCCAGACGGUUUUACUUGUCAAGGGGAGACUAUUGGGACUCAUUGGGCUAAUUAAUGGGAUCAAUUGUUAUACACCUAUUUAGUUGAUGGUGCUCGUGUUCAAGACUUAAUUGGUUUAACCAUGUUCAAAUAUACAGAAGAAGCGAGAAAACCUAAACUGAAGGUAUCCUAAGUACACAUGCACAUGUUUUUUACUGUUGUCAUUAUAGUACGGCCAAAACAAUACCUUUGUCAUGCAUGAGAAUGAUAUUCUACAUACAUCAAUUACAGCAACACAGAUGGCACAAACAUUUGUUAAUCCUUUAAGUGGCAAAGCACCCUGAUGCAGCCUACUUGAUUAUUUUACUCUUUCAUCAGCCAGACGAUUUUGCUCGCCAAGGGGAAAGUGCUGCCAUUCAAUGGGUUGAAUAUUAUUAUAUCAGCUUUGAAAUGAACAGGCUAUUCUUUAUAUAGCUAGACCUACAAAACUAACACCACAAACUGGGUACAAAAAAGCUAGGUAGGGUCAGGAAACUGGAGCCUCAGGUACUUUUUGACAUAACUGUUGAUCAAAAUGGCCUGGUUUGCUUUCAGGAUGAUGUGAAAUCUUACUGUUUGUUGAUCGCUGAUGAAAUGGAUGGAGAAGUGGAUUUUGAUCUCCCAGGUAAAGUGCAGUACAAAAAGUACAAGAUUUCCCUCAAUGGCACAGGUUUUCUUCCAAUACUCCAAUUUUUCCUUUCGUUUAGCUUUGGAUAAUGGUGAAAUGAUCAGUAAAUUUGAUUUCAAAGCUUUGGCACUAUCCUAUAUCGAGGUGAGUCAAUGAAUUGUGUAACAAUGGCAGACCUAUUAUCUAAUAAACUUAAUUUUGUUGCGAAAUGUUGUAAAAUGCGGAUAAUAUAGCCCUGCGAAGUUUGCCGUUUUUCAGUCAUUUUGUAUUACGCGCAGAAAAUUGAUACCUUUUUCAGAAAGCGGUUUCAAUCUGCCCUCUUGCAACCCUCCCCUCUUCCACCUUCCCCCACCUACCCCCCCCCCCCCCCCCUAGUGAAUCCAUCCCUGGUCUGGACAUUAUUACAAAAUUUUUACACAAUUUUAGCCUGAAGAAAAACCUGUGUUACCACAGCCUGUGAGUGUCCCUGAUAUCAUAGUUGAAGUGUAAGUAAUUUUAACUUUGCUCGAUUCCCAAAAAUUCAACUGUCAAUAAGGUUGUAUUGUACUACUAAACAGUAAAAUACACUUACUGGAUAUUUUUAUUCUAGUUGUGAAGAGAAGCGAGGCUCAUCAAAAUUUGCUGUGGAAGGAUAUGAUGUAAAAAUGAAAACAGUUUUAGAGAAAAUGCUAAAGAAACGUGGCAUAAAAAGAACGGGUAUUGUUAAACACAAAAGAUUUUUUCUACAUUUCUCUUGGUUGAAAAUUGAAUAAUCCAAGUGACAUUAUAUAUACACUUUUCAUACAUUACCAGGAACGGUUACGAAAAAUGCAAUACUAGGUCUGGUGCAGUGCUCUAACCAACUGAGCUACAAAGGCCAGUUGACGAGCAGUUCAAGUUCAAGAAGUUAUUGCAAUUUGCAUGCAAUGAAAUGAGAAAAUCUUCACCAACUAGAAAAUCUUUUGAAAGCAUCUAUCCAAGGCAAAUGACAGAAUUCUUCUAGGUCUCCUCUUGGUCAAGUUAAAGUAAACACUACAGACUACACCACCAAUGGACUGACAAAUGGAUGGACCUCUUGGGAAGACCACUUCGACCUGUAUGACGAUGCUAUCCAGUUAAAAUAGAUGUUGAUUAAGUGUUUCACUAUUUUCAGGCCAUGAAUAUGUACUGGUGAAGAAAAAUGAUCCAAUGAACGCCAUUAAUUUAGACGACACGUUGGAAAAAAUGGACACGACAGAAUUUCAGUUAGUGAAGAGAACAAAUAUCCGUAAGUUGUUCAACAGUAUUCUCGUGCAACGGUUCACUCAUUUGGAAAUUAAUGGUAGACAAAGUUCAUUGUUUUUAUUUAGGAACAAGAAAAGAAUCUAACGAGAAAAAUGGCAAGAUCAUGCCUGAUCAGGCAGAGUAUUUUACCCUCCCACAAUACAAGGUAUGCUUUGGAAUACUCUGUUUUCAUUCUUCACAGCAACCUUGGGUGCAAAAAGUCUCGGACCAUGCAUGGGUACCAGAAAAUUCUCUGAGUUCCCAAAAAAUGUUUUCCCAAGAAAGAAAAUUGUAAAAAUUUAGAGAAGGUAAGGAAAAUAUUUUUCCUCUGUUUCACACCAAGAAGAAUAAACGGCUGUAGAAGUUUUCUUCUUCAAAUGUUUACUCAAGAAUACUUUAUAUUAGAGAAAUUUCAGCAGUGUAAACUUUCGAUCAAAUAAAUUUCGUUUAUAUUAUAGAAAGACGCUUUACAACCACGCUUUAAAUAUUCAUGCUAUCGAGUUCCUUCUUAAGUUAUAUAACAAGUGUGGCUUUGUGCUGUUCCCUGACAAAUGAUCUGUCUUUUAGUUUUCCACAAGAAAUGUAUUUGUUACCUUGUAUACAACUUAUUUUUCCAUCUUUCCAUAUUUGUUUCUUUAGGUGUUCAAAGUCACAAUGCUCCAGGGUUUUCUACAUGCGAAAAGCGAAGUUCAUUUAGGUAAAGAACAAGAUAUACAUGUUGUUUUAUCAAUCAUUGAUAUAACACGUAACCAUAAUUGCAAAUGCCUAUUUCUCUUAGGAAUUGAUUCAAAGUAUAUUGAAAUUACGCAAAAUUCACAAUCAAGUCAGCGACCAUUUUGGAACAGAUCACCACGAGCUGUGAGUCGCCAUUAAACUAUAUGAGGCAACAGGCUUGUAGCAAGCUUGUCAACAAGUCGUUGACAACUUGUCAACAAACUGGGAACUAAGCAGUGCGAACUGCGAACACAUCCUGUUGACAAGUUCUUGUAACAGCAUUGUCACAAGUCUACUGCUGGUUUGAUACAACUUGUGCGUUUUUACCUGUAUACAUGCAAGAUCGGUGUAAGCUAAACACUGUGAUGCAUGUUUAAGCCACUAAGUACACCUGUGCUACAUAUUUACUAAAUGUGUUUUUGUCCUUAGGUGAACAUAGAAAUGGAAUACGUAGCACAUUCCGAAGUAAUACGAAAAAGUGGAAACCGUUCUACGUUUAGACUUAUUUAUUCCAAUGAGAACCGUGAUUUCAAGAAUUAUGACUUCGAAUGCUUACAGACCACUGCAGGUAUGGCGAUGCACGGGUUUCAUUCACAGUAGGACUAGGACGCAGAGUAAUUACAUACAUAGGUCUCAUUCUCGUAUCCAGAGCCCUUCUUACGCGCGGUGCGACGAGGGGCUCUGGCCAAAUCCAUAUUCCGAACUGGCAUCUGAUUGGCUAGUUCUAACACUGGAUAUUGUUUUCUUACCAUGUUUUUAUGGUAUCCGGUUAUGGAUUUGGCCAGAGCCCCUCGUCGCACCGCGCGUAAGAAGGGCUCUGGGUACGAGAAUGACAUAGGUCUCAGGUAGUUUUUACGCAUAUCUGGCGUCCGUGCUCUUAGCAAGUUCCCUAAGGAGAGGCAAUAAAUGAACCUUGAAGUGAUUCUCUAAACACAUGUAUUUAUUGUAGUAUUCACUCUGAUCUUUUUUAAUUGCAGACGAAAUAGUUCGCAAGUUAGAAAAUAUUUUAAAUUCAUCUCCAAAGAGCGAGAGUUUUAAAGAGUAUCAAAGAACACGAGAGAGAAGAUCAAAAAAGUCAUGACACAAAGAAAACUGGCUGUGAUUACAAGACAAUCAACCCAAUAGAGUGCAGGGUAGCCCGUUAUCGUAUUGACCGUUAUCUUUAUUACUGAAUAAAGCCCGGAUGAAACAAGGUUGAGAGUUGGCAGUCAUGCACGCGAGCUUGGUUAGCUGUUCUUAAUGCUUUCCUAUAACACUAUCAUGUAUUCUAUUUGUGUUAAAACAUAGUUGGAACACUCUUCAAACCUUUAUUUUGUUUAUAUUCUAGAGCUUGAAAUGUCCCCAACUCUUAUUCUCGUUUGACCGGGCCAGUCGUUAAAACCUUUUUACGUAACUUAUUGCAAAUUUGUUUGAAAUCAAAAUUGUCUGUAAAUCAGGUCUUCAUUGUUCGAAACCACCACUGCAGAGUUGCCCAGUUUGUCAAUGUGCAGUCUUUCAAUAGGGGGAUUAGUGGUCAUGGCUAACCUAUACAUACGGUGUUUAUAAUCAUUAAUGUAUUUCAUGGAUAUCAUAUGUAUAUAUUUCUCUGUUCACAACGAAAGACAAUCGUUCUGCUCGUUCUACAUAACAAUUUUGUAUAAAUUCCAUUAGGCAUUAGCCGAACUGUUCAUAUAGCGAAACAUUACAUUAGCAUGUCAGUAUACAGUUCUGUGUAUAGAACUAUACAUCGUUUAUACAUAUAAAAGGUUUAUAUUAUCUAAAUAAUAUGCGUGGUUACACUGUUGGUACACUACCAUUAUGUAUGCGUGAAAAAUGUUUGAUUCUGGUCAUUUUUUUUGGUCAACAGUCUGGUCAGAAUAGAAUAGAAUGACACAGAGUGUGGUUGAAUAUGACACAGAGUGUGGUUGCCGAAGAAGAAGUGCUCAACAAUUGUGUUAUAGUCAGGGGCUCAUGAUAGAUAUGCUUGACAAUAAAAGUGUUCAUUUUUUUCAUGGAAAACAUUAACUCACCAGUGUUGCUAAUUUUGUUCAUUCGCCUCGGUAAACUGGUUUUCGUUUUUCUUUAAAUGCUUGCAGUCCUUCUAGUCUAUCUUUUGUUGGUAUCACCUGUUGGUAU